CUAUCAAAAGUUGUUAAAGUUCCAACUGUGUCCUUCUCUUCACUACCAGUGUUGAAGAUCUCUUUGGCAGAUUUGUUUUAAUGUGCACACUCUAAUGCAAGAAAGGCCUUGGUGCCGCAGUGGAACUGAAAUCCUUGUUUGACCACUUGAAAUGAAUCCCUUUCAAGUGACAUUUGGAGUAAGAUCAAGUAACUUUCAUGUUUCCUGGCAAAAGCACAUCAUUAAUAUGCAGCGUGUGCACACGUUGGCUCUAACAGACAGUCCUGCACUCACAACUGCUACGUGACUACAUGAGAUGGCACAAAAUUUUCAGCCAGUAGACAGAUCAUUUUUUGUAAUUCCCAUUACAGUAGAAGAGGAUGUUUGUACAUUUGGGGCUGUUGGCUUCAGCAUUCCUACUUUUCAGUAUGAUUUUGGAAGUGGGCAAUUUUUUCUAUUUAAAAUGUAUUAAAAUGUUUACAACACUUGUACUUGAUGGCAGAAACCACAGUACACACAAUGAGUGCCAGUCUGACCGAACGUCAGAUUAACAGCACCUGUCAGAUGCUUUGCAUCUUCAAUACAAAUCAUGUCAGAUUAUUGGAAACUGUUGUCUUUAUUGCCUUCUGGCAAAUGUUCAGACAUAAACUCAGCCAUGUCACAGGGACACGAUUUGAAUCAGGAGAGUCUUAUCUAUCGCCAAAAAUGUGUGCUCCUGGAUGGUAUCAGCUCCUGUGCACGGCAACACUUCCAAUUAUGAUCUCCUUGAUAAUUCAUACUGAGAAAAUAACUACUCACUUAUCUUGUCACAUUUUUUCUUAUCUUUUUUUUACUAUUUUUUUCUGUCAACGUUCAUUUUACUAAAAACUAUUGUGAGUCUGUGUGGCAUCUUGUUUUCUUCCUUUUUUUUUUUUUUAACAAUGUAGGAACCUUUGAUCAUGCGUAAUGUUUCCGCCGGUGGACUGCACCAAAUAAGCUACGUCACUUCCUCCACAUGUGAACCGUUUCACGCAUGUGAGUAGCCGCAGAUCAUUCCAAACAGUUGUGUUCGCCUUUUCAGAACCCUAAGAGUAUAUUAACAUUUAUGGUCAUCGACAUUAGAACUAUGGAGUCGUCUGAAGAGUCGCUGCUUGGCCAGGAGUCAGAGGAGGAAAGCGGAGAGUUAUCGGAUGGAGAGCUCCAGGACGCCUUCGCUAAAGGGUUGCUCAAACCUGGGAUGAAUGUUCUGGUGGAUAAAGCAAAGAAGUUCGUCAAUAAUGUGGAGGGGCUGAAACAGUGCCUGGCUGAAUUUCAUAAAGAUCUUCCCUGGGUUGAGCGGCUGGACCUGACUACUCUCCCCGUCGAUGAUGUUGUCUCCAAAGUUGAAGGGAAAGUUCCACCUGUGGCGAAUGGAGAAGUCAAUGCAGAGGAUGAUUUUCAAAGGGAGAUGUUCUUCUAUCGUCAAGCUCAAGCCACGGUCAUGAAGGCUCUUCCUCUCCUGUAUAAGAAUGAUAUAGCCACCAAGAGGCCUGACGACUACUUUGCUGAGAUGGCGAAGUCAGACCAGCAGAUGCAGAAGGUGAUCUGUUUGUUCGUUUGCAACAACCAGUUCCCUCAAUAUCUCAUCAGAAAAAAGCUUAUCUCCAAGCAAAUGAUGUUGGAGAAGUCGGAAAAGGCCAAAAAGCUACGCGAGCAGAGAAAGUUUGGCAAAAAGGUCCAAAUAGAGGUGAUUCAGAAGAGACAGAAGGAGAAGAAAGCCAUGAUGUCCGCUGUAAAGAAGUACCAGAAAGGCAUGACCGACAAACUGGAUUUCUUGGAAGGAGACCAGAAGGCAGGAAAAGAGUCUUUGGGGGGUGCAAAUAAAGCAAUGAACAAGAAAGGACCCAACGCAAAGAGAAAAUUCAAGGACCAGAAGUUUGGCUUUGGGGGCAAAAAGAGCGGGAAGAAGUGGAACACCAAGGAGAGCUUCAACGAUGUUUCCAGCUUCCGCCCCAAAGUGGCUCAUGCCAAGGCUGGCAAAGGAGGGAAGAGAGGCAAAGGGGGGAGGCAAAAUAAACGUCCGGGCAAGUCUGUGCGCAGGAAGAUGAAGGGCCGCUCGUAAAAGCCGGCUGGACUUGGACUUUAUUCCUCUCCCCAUUACAGCUCAAGAGACUCAAGGGGAUUGCGGUCUCCUCCACGCCUUUUUUAUAUAAAUAUACGAUAUGUGGAUUAAUACAGACGGGUGCACAAAGCGAUUCACACACACACAAAAGGUGGAGUCUGUUCUUUUUUUCUGUGACCAUCAGCAUCUCCAUCUUUUCUUGAUGCCACUUCCUGUGUCCAAACAAGGCAUUGCGCUGUCUAAUGGACACAGAACAGUUUGAGUCAAGUCUGCUGUUGUCUCGUUUUUUUUUUUUUUUUU